AUGACCGCCGGAGUGGCUCCGCGUGACUCUGUCUUUCUGGUCGUCUACUCCGUCACCUUCCUGCUGGGCCUGCCGGCCAACCUGUUGGUGCUGGCCGUGUUCGUGCGGAAGGUGCAGAAGCGCGGGGCCACGCCCAACGUGGUGUACGCGCUCAACUUGUGCACCGCCAACCUGGUACUGGUGGUGUGGCUGCCGGUGAAGGCUGCCGAGAUCCUGCUGGAGACCUGGGCCCUGCCGGGGCCACUCUGCCCUGCCUACAGCUUCUUCCUGUUCGCCUCCCUCUAUGGCAGCUGCCUCAUGCUGACCGCCAUGUCAGUGGGCCGCUACCUCAGCAUCGCCUUCCCCAUCAGCUACAAGAUGUACCGCCGUGCCCAGCUCUCCUGCUGCAUCAGUGCCGGGCUCUGGGCCCUGGUCCUCCUGCAUCUAAGUUUAGCCCUGGUCGCGGAGGAGAACAUCUACUUUGUCUCCACCCGCCCCCAUGACAACAGCUCGGCCUGCUAUGAGAACUUCACCCCGGAGCAGCUGAAGGUGCUCCUGCCCCUACGCCUGGAGAUGGCCAUCCUGCUUUUCCUGCUGCCCCUGAUCAUCACUGCCACCUGCACUCUGCGCUGCCUGAUGCUGGUCCAGCGAUCCAGCCUGUCUCUGGGCCGGAAGAAGCGCGUCCUUGGCGUGGCCCUGUCCACCUUCGUGGUGUUUGUGGUGUGCUACAGCCCCUACAACCUGUCCCACGUGGUUGGAUUCGUGCAGGGCCGUAACGUGAGCUGGAGACAGGAGGCCAUGCUCUCCAGCUCCUGUAAUGUCUUCCUUCAGCCUGUGGUCAUGCUCCUGCUGUCCCCGGGGCCCCCCAGGGGCCUGAGAGCCAGGCUAUGUGGCCGCCGGGCACCAGGGCUUGCCUUGUUCUGCCAGACACUGAUCUCACAGCAGAGACUGAGCAGCAGCAGCGACAAGCAAACCUGA